CGUAAAUAAGGGAUCGCGGUAACGGGCAGUAGAGGGCGAGUUAUAACAUUGUAAUUGCAACAACAUGAACUCUACAAGAAUCCCGGCGGCCAUUUUCCUGUGGUUCAAAUAGUAUAAGAGACGUAAUAUCAUACACAGGGCGCCAUUUUCUUUUAGUCCGACUAGUGACCUUAGAAGAAAUAACGUCGCAGAUAUGACGUCAUCACCCAUCGCCUUAUUCUCCCUCCUGUUAUUUUAAUUGGCCUCUAGGAUUUCCAGCUCCAGAUAACUAAGGUUUGAGAAACCGGGGAUUCUCUACUAAUCAUCACACGUCCUGUAUAUAUCAGUGAGGAUGGACAUAGACAGAAGUCACAUGACUGAGAGUAUAUUACAGCUCACUCUGGAGAUCAUCCACCUGCUGACUGGGGAGGAUUACACAAUAGUGAAGAAGACAUUUGGUGAUUGUGAGAAACCCAGCAGCCAUUCCCGUGUGUCAGGAAGACGGAGCAGCACCCAGCGCCUCAUCACGGUGCCUCCACCUCACUCACUGAUACAUGAGAGACACAAUGACCAGAAGAUCCUGGAACUUACCAACAAGAUCAUUCAGCUGCUGACUGGAGAGGAGGGGGAGUAUAUAGAGGAACACAGGGGUCUGUAUAAGGACGUGAUGAUGGAGAAUCACCGGCCCCUCACAUCGCUGGGUAAGAGGAGACUGUCAUGUAUUGUACAGGGGAGAGCAGAUGGACCCAGUAACAGAGAUACCCCAGAGAGAUGUUCCCGUCCUCUGUAUUCCAAGGAUUGUACAGAGGAGAAUCACAGGACCCCACAGGAGGAUCAGGGUGAAGAUCUGACUGAUAAUAAGGAAGAAGAUAAAGAGGGUGAAGAAGAGACGUAUGUGAGUGAUAUUAAGAUAGAAGUUAUAGAUGGAGAAGAGAUGUAUGUGACGGAUAUUAAGCUAGAAGAUGCAGAGGAAGAAGAAGAGACGUAUGUGAGGGGUGAUCAUCAGUGUAAGGAGGAGGAAAUCCCUACAGAUAUCAGCACAGCAGAUGGAUGCACAAGCAGGGAUCCUUUGGAGGGACAUCUCGCUUUGUCUCCAGAUUUUAAAAUCGAAGAUAACAUCACACAAGAUUCUUCAGCAGAAAACCCCAUUACUCUAGAUAUGCAUCCAGUAGUGAUCGGUGCAGAUAAAUCACCUGAGACCUUUAAUCAUAAAGAAUGUUAUCCUACUAAAUCAGUUACUGCUACACAUAGCACAUCUGAUUCAGGUAAAACAGUCCUUUCAUGGUCUGUUUUAGCGAUGCGUCAAAAUCGCACAGGUGAGAAAACGUUUUCAUGCUCUGAGUGUGGGAAAUAUUUUAUAAACAAAUCGACUCUUGUUAAACAUGAGAGAAGUCACACAGGUGAGAAGCCAUUUCCAUGUUCUGAGUGUGGGAAAUGUUUUACACAGAAAUCACAUCUUUACAGACAUCAGAGACUUCAUACAGGAGAAAAACCAUUUAUGUGCAAUGAGUGUGGGAAAUGUUUUACAAACAAAUCAGCUGUUGUUAAACAUCUGAGAAGUCACACGGGUGAGAAGCCAUUUUCUUGUUCUGAGUGUGAGAAAUGUUUCACACAGAAAUCCCAUCUUCAAAGACAUCAACGACUUCACACAGGAGAGAAACCGUUUACAUGCUCUGAGUGUGGAAAAUGUUUUACACAGAAAUCAGAUCUUGUUACACAUCAGAAACGUCACAUAGGUGAGAAACAAUUUCCUUGUUCUGAGUGUGGAAAAUGUUUUAAAAAGAAUAAAAGUCUAAUUAGACAUCAAAGGAAGCAUACCAAUGACAAACUAUUUUCAUGUUCUUAGUGUGGGAAAUGUUUUAAUGUCAAAAAUAGUGAAAGAUAAUGUCCAUACUCGAGUUUGGGAAAUAUUUUAAAUGCAGAUCUCGUCUUAAACAUUGGACAAUACAUACAAGAUAAAAGCAAUAAGCUGUUAAACAUUAAAAGCAAUCUAGUGAUACUCCUAGAAUUGUAAACUAUGUGUAUUUGUCACAGUAAGUUAUUUAAAAAAUAUAUAUAUACAUUUAUAGUGUGUAUAAAAUUGACAAAAAAUGUAUAGUUUGCUGUACAGGUUCAAUGUAAUUAUGUAGAAAUCAAAUUUGUUUCAGAUACUGAGAAGUAUUCCCAGAUAGGAAUUUUGCGUGAGUUGCAAUCGUCCACCUGGUGUUGCUCCUCUAGAAUUUUAGUAUACGGCACAAAAGAGAGGAAAAAAUAACUUUUUGUGGGGGCACUCAUGCUUUAAACAGUUAAAAUAUAAAAUGUACCUUUUAUUUGUUGCUUAAUUAAAAACAAACCAAGAAACAACAUAUAUCUUGUG